AUGACCGCCCAUCCAGAUUUCGACAUUCUGAUAUCCGGACGAGCGUACGAUCCCAGUCCAUACGUAGCAUUCUGCGCUUUUCAUGCCUUUGGCAAAUCUUGCCGCCCGUUUGAAGAGCUGGGUUUGGGCGUACUCGGCGGAUUUACACAUAUGGGUAAAAUAAUGGAAUGUGGAGGUGUAUGUGCAACACCAAAAAGCUCCGCGGCGAUGGCGAGUGUGUAUCAGGAUGGAUCUUUUGAUAUUCGGCCGUUGGCGGAAGGGUCGAGGUGUACAACUCAGAGUGUUGCUGCGCAUUCGUUGUAUGAAAAGUCGAGGCCCGAUAUACUAGCUGGUCCGGGAGGAAUCUUGGAUCUGAAUACGGCGAGGUAUCGAGCGCUUGAAGAUGGGAUAAGCGUCAGAGCGAAAGGGGCCUUGUUCAGAUUAUCGAAAGAACAUGAUGGGGAACCGUAUAAGAUCAAGUUUGAGGGUGCGAAAGUUGUUGGGCACAGGUCUAUUUUCAUGGGAUCGUUUUGUGAUCCGAUUUUGAUUUCUCAGCUUCCAUCAUUCUUUACGAGAGUGAAAGAGUAUGUGGUUCAGCAGCAUUCUCAUCUUGAUAAGGUUGAUAAGGAAAGUAAAUGGGAGUUGGAGUUUCAUGUGUACGGUCAAAAUGCUCAUAACAGCCGCCUGCAGCAAGGGGAAGUAUUUAUAGUUGGCGAAGCGCUCGCCAGUACACAAUCUCUUGCGACGAGCGUCAUUUCUUGUGCGCGAAUUGCAUGCGUCCAUGGAUCAUAUAAAGGACAGAAAGCGACAAGCGGCAAUCUGGGCAUGGGUAUUGGAGGUCAAAUGAAUAUCGAAAUGGGACCUUGUGCGGAAUUCUCAAUUUACCAUCUGGUAGAGAUGGAUGAGGGAGAAGAAGAUGCGGUUGAGAUUGGCCAUGAUGACUCGGCAAAGAGGUUUAUAAGGUGGGAGAUGCGGUGGAUAGGCAAUGGUCCUUCUCUUGACCAUAACAAGCCUCGAGUCUUGAAAAGCAGCGAGAGCGACUCCUCCGUGACCAAUCAAGAAACGUCCAAGGACACCCCAAAAGCGAAUAUCCUCUCAGGAAUUCAUCUCCUCGGCACACUCGCCCAAGUCAUCCGCUCCAAAAACUCCGGUCCCUAUGAAAUAACACUAGACAUUAUGUUUUCCGAUCCCACUACCUACGAGCAAAUCAAAAACUUCAACAUCCUCACUGCAGAGAAGAUUGCAUCACUAUACAACAUCUCCGUCGAAGACAUUGUAUGGUGCGGUUUUUUUGAUCCUGCGUUGGCGUUCAAAGCUACUAUUCCGCGUCGUGCUCGUUUCAGUGAUAUUGCAGGUAAAAGUUCUUCGAGUUUGGCAGUGUCAUCAGGUGGACCUUGGGAGAAUGAUGUGCAUGGUUCGCAGAAGUAUUUACCCUUGAUGAAUAUGGAGGUUGAUUUUGAUGUUUUGCAAAAAUGA